UCUGGUGUCUCCUCACCGCCUUCUGAUGUCCCCUCAUUACUCUCUGAUAUCCCUUCAUUACUCUGGUGUCCCCUCACCGCCUUCUGAUGUCCCCCAAUUACUCUCUGAUGUCCCCUCACCACCUUCUGAUGUCCCCUCAUUACUCUCUGGUGUCCCCUCACCGCCUUCUGAUGUCCCCUCACCACCUUCUGAUGUCCCCUCAUUACUCUCUGAUGUCCCCUCACCGCCUUCUGAUGUCCCAUUACUCUCUGAUGUCCCCUCACCGCCUUCUGAUGUCCCAUUACUCUCUGAUGUCCCCUCACCGCCUUCUGAUGUCCCCUCAUUACUCUCUGAUGUCCCCUCACCGCCUUCUGAUGUCCCAUUACUCUCUGAUGUCCCCUCACCGCCUUCUGAUGUCCCCUCACUCUCUGAUGUCCCCUCACCGCCUUCUGAUGUCCCCUCACUCUCUGGUGUCCCCUGACCGCCUUCUGAUGUCCCCUCAUUACUCUCUGGUGUCCCCUCACAGCCUUCUGAUGUCCCCUCAUUACUCUUUGGUGUCCCCUCACCGCCUUCUGAUGUCCCAUUACUCUCUGAUGUCCCCUCACCGCCUUCUGAUGUCCCCUCAUUACUCUCUGGUGUCCCCUCACCGCCUUCUGAUGUCCCCUCACUGCCUUCUGAUAUCCCCUCAUUACUCUCUGGUGUCCCCUCACUGCCUUCUGAUGUCCCCUCACCGCCUUCUGAUAUCCCCUCAUUACUCUCUGGUGUCCCCUCACCGCUUUCUGAUGUCCCCUCAUUACUCUCUGGUGUCCCCUCACCACCUUCUGAUGUCCCCUCAUUACUCUGAUGUCCCCUCAUUACUCUCUGGUGUCCCCUCACCGCCCUCUGGUGUCCCCUCAAUACUCUCCGGUGUCCCUUCACUGCCCUCUGGUGUCCCCUCACCUUCUGGUGUCCCCAUUACUGGUUUCCCCUCAUCGCCCUCUGGUGUCCCCUCACCGCCCUCUGGUGUCCCAAUACUCGCCGGUGUCCCUUCACUGCCCUCUGGUGUCCCCUCAUUACUCUCUGGUGUCCCCUCAAUACUCUCCGGUGUCCCCUCAUCGCCCUCUGGUGUCCCAUCGCCCUCUGGUGUCCCAUCACCCUCUGAUGUCCCCUCACCACCCUCUCGUGCCCCUCAUUACUCUCUGGUGUCCCUUCACCGCCCUCUGGUGUCCCCUCACCUUCUGGUGUCCCCUCAUUACUCUCUGGUGUCCCCUCACCACUCUGGUGUCCCCUCAUCACCCUCUGAUGUCCCCUCAUCACUCCCUGAUGUCCCCUCAUUACUCCCUGGUGUCCCCUCACUGCCCUCUGGUGUCCUGUCACCACCCUCUGAUGUCCCCUCAUUACCCUCUGGUGUCCCCUCACCUUCUGGUGUCCCCAUUACUGGUUUCCCCUCAUCGCCCUCUGGUGUCCCCUCACCGCCCUCUGGUGUCCCCUCAAUACUCACCGGUGUCCCUUCACUGCCCUCUGGUGUCCCCUCAUUACUCUCUGGUGUCCCCUCAAUACUCUCCGGUGUCCCCUCAAUACUCUCCGGUGUCCCCUCAAUACUCUCCGGUGUCCCCUCAUCGCCCUCUGGUGUCCCAUCGCCCUCUGGUGUCCCAUCACCCUCUGAUGUCCCCUCACCACCCUCUCGUGCCCCUCAUUACUCUCUGGUGUCCCUUCACCGCCCUCUGGUGUCCCCUCACCACUCUCUGGUGUCCCCUCAUUACUCUCUGGUGUCCCCUCACUACUCUCUGGUGUCCCCUCACCACUCUCUGGUGUCCCCUCACCACUCUCUGGUGUCCCCUCACCACUCUCUGGUGUCCCCUCAUCACCCUCUGAUGUCCCCUCAUCACUCCCUGAUGUCCCCUCAUUACUCCCUGGUGUCCCCUCACUGCCCUCUGGUGUCCUGUCACCACCAUCUGAUGUCCCUUCAUUACUCUCUGGUGUCCCCUCAUUACCCUCUGGUGUCCCUUCAUCUGCUCCAUGUCCUCUACUCUUUCUGCUAGCAAAGACCAGUGACUGCGGCAUGGGGGCCACACCUGGGAUGGACCCUGGAGGGGCAGGCAUGUGGUUCCUUUGACACUCCACACAGAAGGCCCAUG